AUGAGUUUUAAUGAAACGUCUUUUCAAUCAAAUCAAACAAUGGUUGUGACUGUCAGUCCAGUCCCAUCAAAGGAAACUUGCGAUAAAGUUCAGGAAAUGAUACAAAGUGACAAGGUCGUGAUAUUUUCUAAAACCUAUUGUCCUUACAGCAACUUGGCAAAAAGAACGUUCGACAGUUUGCAACAAAAAUACACGGCGAUUGAACUAAAUGGACGCGACGAUUGCGAGAAAAUUCAAGCUGCUUUGGGAAAGCUUACGGGUGCCACAACAGUGCCAAGAGUUUUUAUUGAUGGAAAUUUUGUCGGUGGAGGAACAGAUGUUAGAACGUUAUAUGAUAAGGGUGAAUUAAAAGAGAUGCUAAGUACUGAUAAAACUACAGAUAAAAUUGAAAAAAGUCUUCAAGAUAUUGAAAACAAAAAUGAACAGGCUGAUAAAAGUUCUGAAGUUGCUGAACAAAAAGAGGAUUCGAUUAAUAAGACCCCUAAACAUUCCAAAAAAAGUCCUACACACACUAAAAAACGUCCAGAACAUUCCGAAAGGAGUGAGAAAUGAAUUAAAAUUCUGUUUAAUUAAUCAUAUAUAAUAAUAAAAUGAAAUUAAAUUAAAUUAUUGACGUUUAUCAACUGCGUUUAA